UCUCAUACCUGUGCCUCCGCAGGAUACGGAUGGAGUCAGCCAGCCCCCCUUGUCACAGAACUUCCUGACUGCCUAUGCUGCCCGCGCUCGGGGCGAGCUUUGUGCCGGGGUCAUAGCGGAGCACGCAAGCCAACGGCGGUCACAGCACUUGCGACAAGUCCACCAAGCUCCUCGGAGCAAGCAGCAGCAUUGACGCCUUCGUCACCGGCACAGGCUGGCCCUCCACCACUGACCUGCGCCUCAAAGUGCCAAACUACACCUAGACCAACCCGGAAGACUACUCAUUUCGCCCAUCAGGCAGCUCGAGGAGCACUAUGGAGAGCUCAAAUAUGAGCUACCUCAAUAACAUACCUGACGCGUCGGCUUCGUCCAAUGAAGUGAACUAUCAGGGACGGGAUCCUUCGGCAGAAGCAGUAGUAGCAGUAGCAGGAGCACCAUCCAAACUUGCUGAUUACAAUGACGCCUCGAAAGCGAGGAGCGCCUACCUUGAUCACUAUCUGAAAAUGAAGAAGCAGCUGGACGCCUCGGCCUUCAGCAAUGGGAGUACCCGCCGUGCUUCAGCCUUUGUGCCAGAGGCGGCGGCCGCCUCCGCUGCAACUCGUGCUAGAGCCAGCAUGUCCAGGCUUACAGACGCACAAGCUGCCCGAGAUACGUCGACCCGGGCCAGGAGCUCCAUGUCCACUGCCAGAGCGAGCGCAAGGUCCUACAGCCGCGGCACAUUGGCCUCGGACCAACGAAAGGAAGUCGUGCUUGUCAGCCCCGAGGACAGCGCGGACGAAGGCCCAAAAAUUGUAAAUAUCGACCAGGACGACAGCGAAGCCGACGGAGAGGAUGCUCUAGAGGAUGAGAUUAUGCCAAUUGGCUUCCGCGAGCCGCCCUCCCAGUCUGCCACCAACGAAUCCAAUACCGACGCUUGGGCCCAAGCGCUCGCGAAGCGUGGGAACGGCAUGCUGAUCGGUCGUGCAGAAAGAAGGAUGCAGGGAGAUGGUACGUCGCUCGUGCAGACAGAAGAGGAUUCAGAGGUGCGCCCAGUGGGACUGCGCAAGAGCACUAGCAUACACGCAAAGCCGCAGUCUCAUCGUUCGACGACCGGUCAGCAUCGUGCAUCUCCACCGCGUCAAACGGCGCGCAAGGGCAUGGCAAAUGAGAAACGCCGGAAAGUGGAGACAAUCAAAGACAAAGAAAAAGAGUCCGAGACAGAUGGCGAGGCGGACGGUGCGCGGGAUCAGAUGUACAAAGAAGGAGAAGAAGAAGCGCAGGAGGAAGAGGAGGAGGAGGAGGAGAGGGCCAACAAGGAUGCCGUCGACAAGAGCAGUGGGCAGGGAGAAGAAGAUGAAACAGAAGCUUCAGCGGAACAAGUCCGGCGGGAAAGCAUGUCUUUCAUGCGACAACAAAAGAAAGAGAGUCAUCGCGCCAAGGCGAGUGAGUCACUCAAGCGAAAACAUCAAGCCGGCACCAGCGUGUCGCCAACAAAGUCGCCUGGGUGCAUCGCAGCAUUAUCAGCUGAGGAUAGAGGGUCGGCGAGACUUGCGGAAGAAGAUGUUGAAGCGAGUGAUUCCCAGCUUGGGCAGGCGAUACGCUCCAAGAGGACGAGGAUGGCACUAUCUCCCACCAAACGCGCGCGGCGACACGAGGUGACGACAAACCCUGCAGUCGUAUUUCGAGAAGAAUCUCCGCUGCUGACACCUCCAGAGGAAGCAAUUGUGGUCACCGACUGCGACAACGAGCAAGCCCUGCUCAGAGGCUCUGCGUCCAACGCCAUCUGCACCCUGAGGGCCGCCAAACAGCUACCUGGAGCUGCACCGCUGCGCGCGAUCAGCGGCUUACACGGGAGUGAUCAUUUCAAGCCAAUCGUCGGUCCGAAGACGGGUGGGCCCUUACACACGGACAGCACGCAGGGGAGAUCAGCAGACACGACAUGGGAGCACCUGGAACUGCCUUUUGCGGGGCCGGCCGUCGGCGCACAAGCGCCGGAGCAGCAGAGCUCGCGUAUCGAGAAUUUCACACCUUCCAAUCAACGAGCUCGCGACAGGGCUGGCAUCGUCAUGCCGUCCUCCUCGGCCGCACUUGUAGGAAAGGAUUCACAGGCUGCGCCGCGUGUCGGUCGGUGGCUUGUGCCUGCUCCUAUGCGUGAAGUGCCUGCGCAGGUGACGUACGAUGAGAACAUGGACAGCGACGGCAUCGAGUCUGGCGAUGAUCUGGAUGUGCUCAAGGCUAUGCGCACAGGCGGCCAGGCGCGUCUGAUCGGCGUUUCGGGCUUGGAGGACGAUAUGUCACCCAGUCGACAGGAUGGGCGCAGGGCGACAGGGGGCUUGCAAGUUCCUGGGUACGCCCCGCCACAAAGUUUACCUGAUUCAAGCGCCCCCGCAGUGCAAGACUCAAGUUCUCCAUCCGCUGGCCCUCCAACAGCAGCUGAACCUAAUGCCCAGCAACAUGUGAUCUACUCUCCGACCUCCAAAAUCGCGAGACAUUACGUUGCAGAACAGGUCGAGGCCAGUCCGCACGUGCCAGUGUUCUUCAAACAGACUGUGAUUGAAUUUGUGAUCGAUACCCCCAGCCAGCUGGAAGACUCUUCCCUGCUUAAGGAGAAGGAGUCGUGGUUCAUCGAAUUAGGCUCGUCCUGGGUCUUCCGCUCCCGUCUCGAUGGAGGAGCAUAUGAUCUUGCAGCGGAAGUAUGAUAGGCUGUUAGAGGACGAUGUCAUCAAGGAGGACCUAGUUGAGGCGCAGAAGCAGAACAUCGCACUUAGAGCAAAACUAAACGGCCUGCAAGCCGACCUAACGCAUUUGCAAGCCGAAGCAAAGGCCAACAAGGAGGCAAUCACC